CUGACUGUCACUCUGGUUUGAAAAAUGCUAGUCUUCUAGACUGCAACUAGGCCACGCCGCCAAAAUAGACGGCCGCUAAGUAGGUGCACUGGACUCCAACGGUCGAAAGUGCAUCAGUUGGUCGAGCUCGAAUAGCCGGCCGUGAACGCGCGUGAAACGUUCACAAUAAACUCUCCACUAGUUGCAGUGCGUUGGGUUGGGUUGCGUCACUGACGGCCAGUAGUCGCCAGCGAUUUCACUGCCUCCUGGAUUCGCUGACGUUGCGGACCCUCCGGUGUGCGUGUGAGCAACAUCAUAGUCACGUGCUUUGAGACGUCUCGAAUACGACUUAUAUACCCUGACUUUGCGGACCUUCCGCUGUGCGUGUGCGAGCGACAUCAUAAUCACGAUGCCGCCGUUGUCGCACCUCCCCUUCGCCAUAUCGCCGGACGCCAUGCAGAUCCUUCGGUCGCACCGCAUAGCCACCCUGGAGGAUUUCGUCAUGGCGGAUGGUCGCAUGCUGCGGAGGGACGUGGAGGGCAUGGCGCAUGGCAGGGCUAGGGAUGACGCACUGCAGGCCAUAGACCAGCUACAUCAUCACAUGGUGCAUGCCAUGUGCAUGCCAGCACAUGCCAGUGGGGACCAGCUCUUGAGGGACAUCUACAGGGAGGGGCCGUAUGGUGACAACAGAGACAACAGCGAGGGCCUAAACCAAGAGGACCCUUAUGGGCAGCAGAGACAAGCGCAGACGGGGGAAGAGGAGGAGAAAUGGCAGUGCAAGGGGGAGCAACUGCAACAGCAGUAUCAGCAGCAGGAGGGGCAAGAGCAAUGGCAAGAGGACGAUGUUGAGAGGAGGCAGUGGAAACAUGCGACCAUCAGCACUGGGUGCUCGAGCAUUGACUCCUUGCUAGGGGGAGGCCUGCCCCUGGCAGCAGUCACAGAGGUCACUGGCGCUGCUGGUGCUGGCAAGACUCAGUUCUGCCUGCAAGCAGCAGCAGUAGCUGCAAUCUCCCCGCUGCUCUCUCAAGCCACUGACAUCCCUCCACCUCAGCACGCAUCAGCCUCUCACAGCAGUUCGGCCCCUCAACCCAGAGGCAGUGCGCCGCCCAGCACAGGUUCAACAGUGGCGUUUGUUGACACGGCUGGCAGCUUCUCUGCUGCGCGUAUCGCCACUGUCAUUGGACGGAUGAUGGGGUCUAGAGAGCGGUGCCAGGAAUCAAGGGCAACAGUGACUCGAGCCCUGAAAGCGGUGGUACGGAUGAAAGCAUAUGACAUCCAUUCCCUGCUCUCCCUCCUGGCGACUAUUGCACAGCACAAGAGACAAGCCACACAGUCGGCGGAUUUCUUCUCUGUGCUUCGCCUGCUCAUCAUUGACUCUGCCUCUGCUGUUGUCUCCCCCGUGCUUGGGGGGCAUGGGCCUCAAGGCCACGCGCUGAUGAUGAGUCUGAGUCGCAUGAUCCGAUCGCUGGCCAACGAGUUCGGGGUUGCUGUGCUGAUCACCAACCAUUCAGUGUCUAGUGAAGAUGGCACAUUCAAGCCGGCUUUAGGGGAGAGCUGGAAGGUAACACCACAUGUGCGGCUGGUUCUCGAUCGAGAUUAUGACUCAGACUACUGCCAAUUUACGCUUGCACGCCAUCUGUGCUUGCCUGGUGGCGCAUCCACGGUGGUAAAGCUUGGUAAGUAUGGCAUUUUACCAGCACAAUAUGGUGGAUGAAUGCGAUGCGAGGCAUGCGUAUGAUUAUUCUUUCCAACAAGAUUUAAGGAAUUCUUGUGCAAAAAGGUCUAAUGGG